GCGGCUCCGCGGCGGAGGAGGGCCUCGGGUUCGGCUGGGCCUCGGGGACCGAGCGGGACACCGGCGAGAACGCGAGCGGCUGGCGAGCGGCUGCUUAGACUGCGGGGACAGGGCUGCAGCGCAAGGCCGAGUCAACCCUGCGGGUCCAGGGUCGGGAGUCAGGGCAAGGGUGAAGUGGAGGGCGGGGCAAGUGGCGCCUUUCCCCUGCACUUUCUCUGCAUUAAUGAGAUUGCCUAGCCGCGUUUUAGACAGGUUUACAUUGGCUCCCAGUCCGCGUGUCAGGCUUCCUGGAGGAGGAGCUCCGUGGUGGAGGAGGAGCCAGGGCUGCUUGGGGAACAGGCGCUCAAGUCUCCGUGAUAAGAGACAGAACCCGGGAGGAGCCCCGUCAGCUGGUAGGACAGAACGUUCCAGGAGCAACCUCAUGGAAGAGAAGCAGAUCCUGUGCGUGGGGCUAGUGGUGUUGGACAUCAUCAGUGUGGUGGAUAAGUACCCGGAGGAGGAUACGGAUAGCAGGUGCGUGUCACAGAGAUGGCAGCGUGGAGGGAACGCAUCCAACUCCUGCACCGUUCUCUCCCUGCUGGGAGCCCCCUGUGCCUUCAUGGGCUCACUGGCCCCUGGCCAUGUUGCUGAUUUUGUCCUGGAUGAUUUCCGCCGCUAUUCCGUGGACCUGCACUACACGGUCUUUCAGACCGUGGGCUCUGUCCCCAUCUCAAUGGUCAUCAUCAACGAGACCAAUGGCAGCCGCACCAUCCUACACGCCUAUAGGAACCUCCCAGAUGUGUCUGCUAAAGACUUUGAGAAGGUUGAUCUGAGUCGGUUCAAGUGGAUCCACAUUGAGGGCCGGAACGCAUCGGAGCAGGUGAAGAUGCUGCAGCGGAUAGAGCAGCACAAUGCCAGGCAGCCCCUGGAGCAGAAGAUCCAGGUGUCCGUGGAGGUGGAGAAGCCCCGAGAGGAGUUGUUCCAGCUGUUUGGCUACGGAGACAUGGUGUUUGUCAGCAAAGACGUGGCCAAGCACUUCGGGUUCCGGUCAUCAGUAGAAGCGCUGAGGGGCUUGUAUGGCCGUGUGAGGAAAGGGGCUACGCUCAUCUGUGCCUGGGCCGAGGAGGGUGCCGACGCCCUGGGCCCCGAUGGACAGCUGAUCCACUCGGAUGCUUUCCCCCCACCCCGGGUGGUGGAUACUCUGGGGGCCGGAGACACUUUCAACGCCUCAGUCAUCUUCAGCCUCUCUCAGGGAAAGAACAUGCAGGAGGCGCUGAGGUUUGGCUGCCAGGUAGCCGGCAAGAAGUGUGGCCUGCAGGGCUACGAUGGCAUUGUGUGAAAGCCCCGUGGCAGGAGCAUUGGCUCACCACCCCUCCCUGGGGGCUGGUGUCUGGGCUGCCCUGCUCCCUGAGGAGAUGCAGGCUGUGGUGAGGACUCUGCCUGUGUCUUGGGUUCCCUGUGUCACACUUGCAGAGCCACAGAGCAAAUAAAUCUCCUUCCCCAGAGCCAGCCUCCUCUGCCAGUCUGUUUGUCCUUCUUGAUGUCCGAACUGCUCUGGCUGGGGACUCCUGAGGCUUUGACACUCCAGUCCUUCUCUCUCUUUCUUCCUUCCCCAAAUUAACCUCCCUGCCCAGGCCUGCACCCCAGCACACCUUCCCGAUGACCUGAAGCUGUGAAAAACUCCUCUGGGCCCUGUGCUGUGCACUCCACUCCCUUGGCCCGAGGAGCUGGGAGUCCACAUGGCUGAGCCAGCUGCCAGGCCGCCAGGCGGGGAGCCUACUCUGUGGCUUGGUGGGGCUUUCACAGUCCAAAAAUAUCUUCCCCGGAGAGCCCCACCCUUGGAGCCUGCCUUGUAGUGAAGGCGGUGCCUUAGCCCU